CAUCACCAGCACCACCCCCGCCUCUUCUCCAAGAUAGACCACUUUGGCACGGCUCCUUUGCUGUGUAACCCUAUGCCAUCCAGAGGGGUCGACACACACACAAACACAGAGACCCCUCAGCAGAGUUUCUGUGCUUUAGCAGCCUCUGAGACACAGAGGAGACCUUUAGGUCUGGAGCUGUAGCGGGGCAUGUUUUAUUUUGGGCAGGGAGCAUCAGUCUCUCCUCCUCCCUUGGAAGGGAAGAGUCCAGGCAAGGAUGCAGAGACCGGUUUUUAAACACGCGGAGCUGAGAGCAACAAGCUGCAGCCUUUAACCAUUCAGCAACAUUCAACAGGGGGUCAAGAUGCUGAUAACUGUGACACCACCCCAUGAGCCGGCCUCCCUACACUCACAGGCUCCACCCCCUCCUAUUCUACCAAAGCCUGGAAUGGACAAUCUUAAAUUGCAGAGACUCUUGAAAAAAGCAGCAAAGAAGAAAGCAACGUUAUCAGCACAGCAAGCCGCAUCAUUCCGGACCAGCCUCUCCCCUGUGAGUGAAGCCAGCCCAGACUUGGAGCACAAUGACCGCUCCUCCCCGCGGAAGCCUACAGAAACCACAGCGCACAUCACCAUCAACCUCCCUCCCCGCUUUUCCAUCAAGCCUGUCACCCACCACGUCUCAUCUCCUUACCCUAAAGGAAAACCCUUCACGUUCACCGCUGCAGAGCAGAGGAGCAUUUCGGAGCAUCUCAAACUCGCCAUCUCGCCCUCCCCGUCACCAUUUCACAGACAGAGCACCCCUGAGCCUUUGUGGCAACCCAGAGGAGACACACACUCACACUUGUCCUCUUCAAGUGCCACACAUUCUGUGUUCAUUUUCCCCGAGCACCCCGUUUCCCCCACACCUGUGGUGGUGGAGACCCCAGCGGUAGUCACCCAUGUUACCGAAACACACGCCUUCAUUCACAGCAUGCAGACACCGCAGGCAAAGACCCCCGUGUUGGAACAGUCAGCAGAGUCUCCCAAGAGGCCCACCACACCUACCCAUUUGCAGACAAAUCACUUGCACAUGCCACCAAGCCAGGCGCCAGCCACACCCUUUGCAAGCCAAACCAGGCCAAUUACUCCUAGACUAGAGAUGACUCCAGUCCCUGAGCCUCCCGUCAGGACAGUGAAAACUGCAAUACUGCAUGUCCCCAGGCAGCACAUAGUGGUCACAUCCCCAACUCCUCAGUUCCCAAGGCCUGUGACUCCAGGAAGCAACAGAGGCCUUGAACCACACGGCGAGGCCCAGAGGCAGCCAAGUCCCAGCGCCCCUCAGAAGCCCACCAUGCCAGAGGUAGUUACAUCUGCUCCACCAGCUGUUGGCACCCCUGCUCUCUCGCCAGAAAACAGGGCUGACAAGCAGACUGUAUUGCCACAGGCACCUGCGGUUUCUCCAAGCACUGCAGGCCCCCUACCAAAGCCUAAGCCACCAGUCCCUCCCAGAAGCAAACUUAGUGGCUGGUCUCGCCUCAAAAAGCACCUGGUCGUGGAGUCGGAAGAGCCCCAGUUUCCAGUCUCAGAGGCCGAGCCAGCCAAGCCUGAUCAGGUGGGAGAAAAGAAGGCAACAGAAGCCUCUCAAGAGGGCCCUGGUCAGAGAGCAACCAAGUCCAGAGCUGUCAAGAUGUGGGAUGCCAUCCUGUAUCAGAUGACCGUCAGCAAAGAGAAGAAGCAGGCAGCAGAGGAAAAGGAAGUCAGGAGAGAAGGAACGUUCUCGUUCCGGCGGCGUCUGCCCCUUCUCCUCCACAGGCCGCGCUUUGACGCCCGGAAGCUGAAAGAGCUGGCUUCCAAACCCAUGACAAAGAUCACUACCCUGUUUGAGGUGCGCCGAAUCCAAGGCCAGCCGCCCGAAGCACUGAUGAGUUUCAACAGGGCUGCAUCGGGGUGGCAACUUGAAGGGAAGCAAUGAAUGAAUCUGCAUUCCCCUUCAAGGCUUCUUUUGGAGGAUGCAUCCUGAGCUGGGAGGAGCUGAAAUAAAUACAUGAGUUUGCCAAAAGGAGGAAUCGCGCAAUAGGAAAAUUAAUAAAAUCCGUCACAGGGUUGCUAUUUGUGUACCUGCAUGUAGUGACCAUAAGCAAGUGAGAAAGGAACAUGAGGUGAACACCUCUUUCCCCUCAAGUCUUAUUUUCAUAAGGCAUUCAGUUUCAAGUUGAACAGCAAAUUAAAAGCAAAGACCAAUAGUUUUAAAGGCUCUCAAAGGCAGUUUUAUACAGUUGAAUCAACUGUAUAACAUUUCUUAAUAACAAGGCAGCACUCAGCAAUGUGCGUUUAAGGCUGCCAUAUAGUCUUUAGGCAAAAUACACUCAAACCCAUCACAAGGAGUUCAAACUAGAUUCAGAGCCCAAAGUCCUGGAGAUUACAAAGGACUGAUACACAGAAUGAUGUUGCCUGGCAGCCCUCCUCAGAGACUGCAUUUCAUAAUUCCAUUACCUGGAAUUGUGCUCUGCUCUGCUCUGCCCAUUCAUAGAUUCAGCCUCUCAAACACUGAUCUCAACAGCCUCCCUUGCAGAUCCUAAUGGCACUGGCAAGUUCAUAUAAACAGGGUCUCCUUAAGACACCCAAGGAUCCAAGACAUUCAGAGAUUCUCAGGUCAGAACCAGCACCAUGAAUUGCAUUCUCACAGGCAGGCGGUGUAGAUCCCACCAGAACUGGUCUGUAAUGUCUUCCCUGAGCCCCAGAAGUGGGCAGGGGCAUUCCACAGCAGCUGCAGGUUCUACACACUCUUCAAGGGUGAGGCCAUGCAAAAUACAUUGCAAUAGAUCCAUUUGUGGUGUUAGCUGAGACAUAAGAUGACCAUGUCAAGAUCCUUGUCCACUAGGAAGUGGCACAGUAUGAGACAAAAUAUGUUAUAUACUACAGGAAUAAAUAAUAAAAAAUACUCUGCCAUCAUUUGUCAUACUGAGCCUAGCUUGUAAAAGGUCACUCACAGUUUUCUCAUUGCCUUGAGAUAACCAGGUUAGGGAGAUUUGUGACAAAAGGUAUUGUUUUUAUACUUGGGCAGCCAGGCAAGUAAAAGUGCAUUGGCUGCCAACUUCCAUGAUUUAUUUCCAGGACAGCACUACUAAGCUAGCAGUAAGCCCACUGUGCAAGGGCACAGAAGGACUUUAGCUUUGUACAUCUUCCUCCAAUAGAUCUUAACCAGCUCACUCUAGGGCUGCUUCCAUUUUUGCAUUUACCAAGAGAAUAUGGCUAUAGAUACAGCACAAAAAUCAGCCAGGGAGUCAUGCAACUCAUACAUGACUACAACCAAGCAUGCCCACCCUGGCAUUAAAAGCACUUCUGGUCACUUUUGCUACAGAUACAGUAUUUGCAGGAUGCAAGUACUGAAAGCAACCUUGAGAAGGUGGUGGGCUGAAGUCCUCCACAAUCCAAGUGCACUGCUGCUGAUUCGCACUUAAGGCCAAUUCACAGCCAUGUUCCUCUACCCCAAAGUACAGCCAAACUGUCAUUUGCCACAUGUCUACACACGUGGAAAAGGUAUACAGCAAUUUCCACCACUGGGGUACAUGACACUUUGUUCCAACUAAUUUAGGAUCCAUGUAGCACCCAAUUCACACUCUGAUUUCCUCACAUGAGCACACAAUCAUGGAUUGGGAGUGGAUUGUUUGCACUGAGAAUCAAGUGAGUUGCUUAAUGCAGUAUCUGCUCGAAAGAGUAUACAUAGUUAUUGGUUUGGAGUUUUGUUUGCUUAACCCCAGCAUUUUAGCAGGGAAUGAUCCAGUCAGUUCUGGACCCUAGGAUGCUAAUGUGGCCCUUUGGACUGGGAGCAUGAUCAGGAGCACAGAUUGCUGUUCCUUGCUCUCACUCAUGCUUCUUUUUUGCAGUUCCCAUACCAGCUUUAGAGCUUUUGUCUGCUAUUUUAAAGCAGUUCUAGCAGAAUACUUGGGGCAGUCUGUUUUGGGAUGACCUUGUGCUGCAGCCUCAGAGCUUUUUUUGGGGGGGGGUCAUAUUCUACCCACCCCCACACUUGUACCAUGUACCAAAACAAAUUCCCCAUAGUGUCCACAAGGACCCAUCACACUGCUUAAUACUGCCAUUCAGUUGAGGCAUUGCUGCCACAGCAAAUCGCAAACUUACCACAGCAGCAUCACCAAUGCAGACACUAUGGCUCUAAGGAGUGUGUUCUUCCCAGUGCAAGUGUAACCAUUUAAGCAUUUCAGAUGGAAUUUGCAAGAGAGCUCAAAGGAGUCAGCUGCCUGAAUUCUCCUAAGUGUAAAGGGAACUAUAAGGCCCAGCUCCUUCCAGGGGUGCUCCAAGCUCAGGUUCGCUAGGAUGGUUGCCUAAAAGAUGAGGUGUUGAGUUUCAUUGCCAUUUUAUAGCCACACAGUUGCACCCUUAAGCUUUUAUUUUUGCACUAAUGGUUCUGAAAAGUGUGAAGUGAAUAGUGAUUUCUAAUAGUUCUGUAGCUCCUGUACAGUUUCUUGUGCUUUAUCAUAGAGUGCAGUCAUCUAAUGUUCUGCUUUUCAGUGGCAGCAAACAAAAGCCCAAACAUUUAAGUUCAGUCAUGUGUAACUUGUCCCCAACACAUCUUUUUUUAAAAAAAUGCCACCACAGAAGCUGCAAUCUAAAGCCAGAAGACGAGGAGGAGGGAGGAGGCGGCUUCAUAAUUAUUUCCUCUUAUGCCACCUUUGCCCCACAAUGUAGAUAUAGGCACCCAUAUCUUUUCCCCUGUAAAUCAAAAAGUAGAUUAGGAGACAGGAGAAUUUUCGACCCCAAAAUAGCAUGGGCCCCUCCACGACUGCAUUUUGAAAAAUAAAAAGUGUUGGAUACAGUGUAUAUAUUGCUGAGCACCAUAUGCAGUUAAGGCUUUGAAAGAUAGCUCUGGCGACAAGCAAAAGUUCUGGAAUCUCUUCUUAGGGAAGAUUCAAUGGGUCUUUCUUAGUAGGAUUGAAAUGCACUUCCACUUUGCCUGCCCAAGAGUUGCCAAUAGGGAAUGUUGCCAAGAGUAAAAAGGAUGGUGGAUAAGAUAUGGCACUAGUGAUGGAAUAAGGGCACUUGCCUUUUUCUUUUUUUAAAGAAGAAAGGGUUAGCUAGCUUAAUUCUCCCCUGCCAUAUGCAAAAACAGCUGUAAAGUUCAAUCCUUUGCACAGGGUGAAUGAUCCUUGGAAGAACCUCAGUUGCCAAAAGUUGGCGAUUCUGGCUACGUUCUGGUCACCUCCCUCCUAUUUUCAGCAGCCUUUAAGAGUAAGGAUUCUGCAACAAGCAUGAAGGGCCCUUUCCUCCUCACCCGGUUGCAGAGCCAACAUCGGGCUGACAGGUAUGUUUUCCUUCCCAGUUAGUGUGCUCCACUAACACGAGCAGUGUUCAUAUUGAGUCAUCCUGCUCUUAAAACACAAUAUGGCUCAUAGGUGGAAACUUCCUGCGUUUUAAUUUUGAGCUGUGGGACCCAAAAUCCCUACAGCCACCUUUAAGGAAAGGAGCUUUAAUGCAUGAGUAAAGAGAAGGAUCAGAAGGCAUUGUGUGCUUCAUUACAGAACCAGGAAAUAAGCCAAGCUUUGGAGAAUUAUGAGGUCUUUCAGACGUAAAGGGUAAUGCACGCGAAGACAUAAAGGGUAAUGCACAAACCGAUAAAUAGGUUGUGAGCUGUCUUGGGUAUUAGCUGCCCUUCAAAAGUGGAUGUGAAAGUCAAAGUUCAGUUUGAGUCAGUCUUUAUAAAUGCUCUUUUUCCAAUGAUAGUUUAGACACAAGGGGAUUUUGAACCAAGAAAGUACGUAGGCAUAUCAGGAACACAGAAAAGUAAAGUCUUAAUAUGGAACACAGAAAAGUGUUAAGUAAAAAGGAAGCAGGCAUAUUUGGAAACAGAAGUGUCAGGUAGGAUGUAGUAAGAAGGGGGAAAGUAAUUUGGUAAGAUGCUGCCUCUGUGGGGCUUUUUCUGAGCCUAUAGUUCACACUACAAUCCUUCACAAGACUCCGAUGGAAACCUUUUUAAGACUUCCUUCCACAGCUUUGCAUUGUCUGUACCUUCUAGAGGCAGUUCCUGCAAAACCCAGCUACCUGAAUCAAGGCUUUAUUUUUUAAUUACCUUUGUAUAUAUAGAUUGAAUAAAGUGUUUCUAUGGAGAAAAAA